CACGAUGAAGUUUUAUUAAUACAUCAUCAGUUGUCGGUUUUAUUUUAAUUUUUUUUUUUUUUUUUGUAUUCGUUCCAAGGGUUUUCGCGCGUAUUCAAAAUGAAUAGUAAAGUGAAUAUGUUCUCGGCCAAAAAAGUGCGGCAGCAUGGCAUGCAGUCGAAUAAAUGGACGACGAAAGAUAAAAUAUUGCAGUACAGAGGACUUAUCAAUCUAUACACUAGAGAUCACAAAAUUGUCGAUUCGGACAUAAACGUGACCAGGAAAAAAGUUCAGAGAGAACUGAAAGAUUUGGCGAAGAAGGUGUUUACAGAUCGUUAUGCGCUGGACAAUGCUGUUAGAGGAGACAAACAGAAAUUGAGAAAUACUCUUUCUGAUCAUAGAGAACUCCAGUUGGCUUUCCAAAAUUCUCAACCAAAGGUUGUAAUUGAUGAAAUCGAGCAGCUCAAUUUCAAUAGACGAAAAACACUCGAUAAGUUAUUUUAUGAGAAGAAAGUGAAAUCACAGAAAUUGAUCGAUUUGAAAUUAGAACAAGCUGUGCUCGAGGAUCGCCUCAAAUAUGCAUUCUUAGGUCAAAUCAAAGAGGAAAAAGAAGCACAGAUUAUCACAGGGAAAGUUCAAGACGCUAUUUUAAGAAAAGAAGCCGCGUGGUCUAUUCAACGUAUUUACACAGAAAUACGGGAUAUUAUGAAAAAGGAUGCUUUGUAUUUUGAUGCUAUUCUAGCAACAGUGACGAAUGAUGGCUACCAUCAAAGCAAAUGUUUCCUGGGAGCAACAAAGUUGGGUCAGUUGGCUACAGAGUAUUUGGAUGAUAGAAGACAAGAAUACGACACAUUGGAAAAAAUUAUCUUGAAAGACAUGGGUUCACGUAAAACCGAUAUAAAAGUUUUACACGAACAAGUUAACAGCACAUCUGAUAGUAUUAAACUACUGCUGAGAAAAGAUAGUGACAUUAACACAUGUGCUAUCAAUAUUGCUGAGUCCCAGAGCGUACACGAGCUAAACAAAGACAUAGGAGAAGUAGAAAAGACACUGAAAUUCUUAAAAAACACAACAUUAGUAAAUUCCUACAGCGCCAUAUAUCCGUGUUUAGACGAACAAUUUAAACAACACCGCCGUCUCAAACAUCUUGCAGAGAAGUUUGAACGUGACAGAGACACUUUAUUAAACAAAACUAAUCAUGCUGAACUCAUGAACAAUGUUUUAAAAAACACAGCCAACGACUACAUAGCGGAAUAUCUUUACAAGAAGCAAGAAUACAAAAAUUCAAUUAUUCAAAUAAGAGAGGAAAACGAAAAUUGCGCAAAGCUUCUACGGAAAAAACACGAAGUGGCUGCGCAAAUACGAAUUGCGCUCAGGCAGCUGUUGCAACUCUCCUACAAUUUAAAACCUCCCGAAACAAUGAAAAAAAAAUCGUCGUCAUCUACACCUCACCCAUUCAAUAUUGCGCAAGAGAAGGAGAAAAAAAUGGAAAUACCCGAUGAAGAUGAAAUUGACGGAAGAAAAUUAAUUUCCAUAAUAAAUAAAAAAUUUUCGGUUUUGAUGGCUACUUAUUUUGCUUUGCCUGAAAAAACAGCCCCAGAUGAAGCUUACGAAAGCUUUGAACAAAUGAUGCAAGCACGUACGAUUUUUUUCUCUAAAGUUGAGACAGCAUUAAGCGAAUCAUCUCUCCUGCAAGGUUUGUACACUGAAGCAACAACCCAAUUAACAAGAGAAGACAUUAAGAAACAAAGUAAGGAACUUGUGGGUGCCAAUACUAGAAACGAAGAUAUGGUUCCAGUGUUUAUUGUUCCAACUAAAUCGAGAUUACUUAUAGCCAUGAAAAAAAUUUUAAGUUUCUACGUUGAUGGACGAGCGCUGUUCUACUCUCCCCUGAAAUUCUACUUCAUUUUAGCACGAUGA